AUGGACACUAAUCAAAAAAAUUAUCCGAACAAUAGUAAUAAUAAUAAUAGUAAUAAUAACAAUAAUAACAAUGGAUUAAAUAAUAGUUCAGCAGCAGUAUUGAGAGAAAGAAAAACAAGUUACCAACCAAAUAGUCCGAAUUUAAAUAGUGGAAAAGAGAUACCCAAAGUCGAUUUCAAUAGGUCAAGGUUCGACGAUGAUGGGUAUGUUAAUAUGAAACAGUCAUUCUAUAAUGAAUCAUUCAGGGAUCAAAACGAAGUUUACGAACAAUUACAAGAGCACGAAAAAGAUGCAGUAUUGGGCGUAACAGCACUCUAUCCCGAUGGAGAGGAGAGUGAUACAGAUUCAGAUACAUCUCAUUUAGACGAAAACUCAUUCGAAAAUAAUGAUAUAGUCAACUAUGAGGAGGAUAAAAAGAAGAGACUGUACUUAAAAGCAUAUAAAGAUACAUACCAAAGAAUUGAUUUUAUACUGGAACAUAUAAAUAUCUUUCUUAGUGUGGUUUCGAUAGGUCUUUUUAUUUUGCUUUCAUAUUUACCAAAUCCAGUAUCAAACCCAACAACACAGGCCGAAAUCGAUAAUAAUGAAGAUGUCAGAGCAAUCAAUCAUGUAGUGGUUGCCAUUUCUGCUUAUUUCUGCUUUGAUUUUAUUAGAAAUUUCAUUUUUGCAAAAGACAAAUUAAAGUUUUUUAAAAAGAAAAAUACCAUUUUAGAUAUUAUUACCAUUGUCCCAAUUUUAAUUACAAUGAUACCAACCAUUCCUGUAACACCUUUAGGUUUUUUGCGUGUUUUAAGAAUUUUAAAAGCACCUAGAUUAUUUAAACUUCAUGGUGCAACAAGUGUAUUAAAGCAAUUGGUACAGUUAAUUUUAUCUAUUGUAAUUUUAAUUAUUUUAUUUGCAUCAAUGAUUUGUGAAAUAGAAAAAAUUAAAUUCCACGACUCGAUCUACUAUGCAGUUGUAUCUUUAUCAACAGUUGGUUAUGGUGAUAUAACACCAAAAUCAGUUUUAGGUAGAAUGGUUGCAAUUUUAAUGAUUAUGAUUGCUUUAGCAUAUUUACCAAUUCAAACAUCCAAAUUAGUUAGUGUACUUUCAGCAACAAAAGUUUGGAAUGGUGAAUAUAGACCAUCGCAAAAGAAGAAAUUCGUUACUGUCAUCGGUAAUAUUUAUGAAAGUUCAUUUACAACAUUUUUAAAAGAAUUUUUCUUUAAUUCUAGAAUUGGUGAAAUGCCUGUUAUUGUAUUAAGCAGUUCGGACCCACCUAAAUUUUGGGAUUCAGUUUUAAAUAAAAUUAAAAAGAGAUUCUUUUUCUUUAAAGGUUCAAUUGGUAAUCAAAUCGAUGUAGAAAGAGUUAAAUUAGAAAGAUCAAAAUCGGUUUUUAUUUUCUCACAGAAAUCUUUAACAGGUUCUCAAGAUGAUGAUAAUGAAAAUAUCUUAAGAGUAAUGUCAAUUAGAUCAUUUAAUCCAAAUAUUCCAAUUUUCGCACAGGCUAUGAUCCCUAGAUUAAAAAGAAAAAUGAUUGCUGCUGGUGCAACCCAAGUUAUUUCGGUACAAGAGUUAAAAAUGAGUUUAUUGGCUCAAUCAUGUAUUUCACCAGGUUUUAUUACUUUAGUUAUGAAUUUAUUAAGAUCAGAUUUAGAAAAAUAUAACGAUGAUGAUGAAUAUGCAAGUGGUAAUAGUUAUGAAAUUUUCACACAACCUUUCGCACCAGCAUUCUUUGGUUUAACUUUUUCACAAGUUGUACAGUUGGUUUACGAAUCAUUUGGAAUGAUUGUUUUUGGUGUUGAGAUUCAAGUGGGUGAUAAAAGAAGAAUCAAAGUUAAUCCAAAGAAUUCAUUCAUUAUUAGAGAAGGUACAUUUGGUGUAUUAUUGGCAAAAAAUAAAUUACAGUCAAAAAGAAUUAAAUUUUGUGGUACUGAAUUAAUUAAAAGAAAAAUCGAAUCUUUAAAACAAACCCAUCAAAGAAAUACAGAAAUUGGUAUUCUCGAUAAAGAUUGUAAAUUGGUUUGGGAGUAUAGCUCAAUAGAAAAAACCUAUCAAUGCAAAUUAAAAUUUGUUCCAAAGACCAAAGUUAAAAAAAAUGAUAAAAAAACAUUAAAAAAAUUAAUUAUGGAAAAGAAAAGAGAUAUUUUAAACAGCGAUGAAGAUCUUUCAAAUGAAAAUACAACUACAAUCCAUAAAAAUGAUAGUAAUUACAGUAGCGGUGAUGAUAAUUUUGAAUUGUUAAAGAGUCAGGGUCAAAAGCUCGAUAUUCAUUCACAUCAAACUAUUAAACCACCAUUACCUGGCAAUUCAACAUCAACCAACACAUCAUCAUUCCACAGUGUCAUGGAUAUCCCGACUGCUCCAUCAAAUGAUUUAUCAUCAACUAGAAUCCCAAAACGUUUUUGGAGUUCUCAUUUCUUGGAUGAAUGCAUUGUAGAUAGUGUAGAAACAAUGGAUAAUAUUCAAAACCAUAUAAUUAUUGCAGGUUCCAAUGUAGAUUGUAUAGAAAAUUUCAUUUCACCACUAAGAGAAAGCCAUGUGCGUCGUUAUGACCCAAUUGUUAUUUUAACACCAAAGUUAACCGAAGAUCAAUGGAAAUAUAUUGAAUGCUACCCAGAAAUUUAUGUAGUCGAGGGUAAAGGUUAUGAAUUCAGUGAUCUUAAAAGAGCCGGUGUUUAUAAAUGCUCAAAGGUUGUAGUAUUAACAAACGAAGCAAAUUCAAGUGAAUUAAUAUUCAACGAUCGUGAAACAUUAUUAGCAAUGGUUUGCCUAAAAGAGGUUUCAAAAAGAAAUACAAAUAUUUUCCCAAUUUAUGAAAUUUCUGAACCAUUAAAUAUGAAAUUUUUACCAGGUAAUAGUAAUUGGAAACAAAACCAACCAUUUUAUCACGCACCAUCAUUCGCAGCAGGUAAUGUUUUCUUAAGUUCAGUAUUUGAUAGUUUAUUAUGCCAAUGUUUCUUUAAUCCACACUUGUUAUCAAUGUUAAGUGUUUUGGUAGGUAUGAACCCAGAUAAUUCAACAAAAAGCUGUACUAAAGUAUUCCAGGUUCCUCUCCCAGAGCACUUUUAUCACCAUAGGUUUGGUUACUUAUUCGAAAGUUUGGUCGAAUCUAAUAUUAUUUGCAUAGCAUUAUUCAGAACUCAUUCAAGUAAUACAUCAUGUGGUGCAGAUUACAAUAAAAAAGCACCAGUCAAUCCAGUAGUAUUGGGUUUACCUCAGCAUUUAGAAGAUGACAUUUCAAAUCAAACUACUCGUUAUGUUUUAACAAAUCCAACACCAUCAACAAUGUUGCGUGAAGAUGAUAGAUUAUUCAUUUUAGUUAGAUUCCAAAAAAAUGAUGAUAAUAACAACAAUAAUGUAAAUUCAUUUUCAGAAAGUGGUUCAUCUUAACUAUUUCUUUUUUUUUCUUGUAUUUAUUUAUCUAAAACAAAUUGUUUUAGAAUUAUAAAAAUAAAAAUAAAAUAAAAUAAAAUUAAAAAAAAUAAAUUUUAAUAAAUAAUUUGUAUUAUUUCAUU